GACUAGCGUGCAGCUCUUGCCUGCCUUGUGUGUGUGUGUGUGUGUGUGUGUGUGUCUACUGUGGGGCUUUUAUUUCCGCGUUCACCGAGGGAGCGCGAGGCUGAAUGAGUUUUCCCGGCCGCUGUGUGUCUACCUUUCACACCGCGAAAUUGCAUCGCCGUGCGGGGAUCUGUCGGGCGGGGGGAAACUCACGCAAUCGCAUCGCCUGGACCCACGCUGCAGCAGGAUCAUGCUCACGCGGGUGAAAUCGGCGGUGGCCAAUUUUAUGGGAGGUAUGAUGGCUGGUGGCUCUAACGGUGACCAUCCCGGCGGCUCGGAUCUGCCGCUGAAAUAUCCGUAUAGCAGACCGGAGUUCCUGGGACUGUCGCCGGACGAGAUAGAGUGCUCCGCGGAUCACAUCGCGAGACCGAUCCUCAUACUGAAGGAGACCAAACGUCUCCCGUGGUCCACCGGCUACGCAGAGGUGAUCAAUGCUGGAAAGAGUGCGUUGAAUGAGGACCAGGCCUGCUGUGAGGUGCUGGUGGUCAAAAAGAGACCUGCAGGAUGCUCCACGCCCAACCGGACCUCCAUGGCCCGCAGGAGGUCUUCCCUGCCCAACGGAGAGGGUGUGGGCCCCCGGGAGAGUCUGGAGAGCUCCGAAGAACUAACCUUCCACUACUGGGCGUUGUUCGACGGCCACGCCGGCUCCGGGGUGGCUGUAAUGGCUUCCCGCCUUCUACAUCACCACAUCGCCCUGCACCUUCAGGAGGUGUUGGAGAUCGUGUGCACUCCAAACCUGCUGCCCCCUACAUGCCUCGGGGAGGAGCCUGUCAAUCACCACCUCACCCCGACGUCCCAACGCGCCCUCACCAGGGCCGCCUCGCUCCGCGGCGCCGCAGGUGCUCCUGGCUCCCCCAGCACCCCACCCACACGCUUCUUUACUGAGAAGAAGGUUUCACACGAGAGCCUGGUGGUCGGCGCCAUCGAGAACGCUUUCAAAGACAUGGAUGUGCAGAUCGAGAAGGAGAAAGCCGUCUACAACAUCUCAGGUGGCUGCACUGCUCUGGCGGUCGUCUAUUUGCUGGGGAAGCUCUACGUCGCGAACGCUGGAGACAGCAGAGCUAUCAUUAUCCGGGGCGGGGAAGUUAUCCCCAUGUCAGCAGAGUUCACGCCGGAGUCAGAGAGACAGCGACUGCAGUUCCUGGCCUACAUGCAGCCCCACUUAUUAGGGAACGAGUUUACACAUCUGGAAUUCCCGAGGAGAGUCCAGAAAAAAGAGGUGGGGAAGAGGAUGCUGUACCGUGACUUCACCAUGUCAGGAUGGGCGUAUAAAACCAUCGAGGACGAUGACCUAAAGUUUCCCCUGAUCUACGGCGAAGGAAAGAAGGCUCGUGUGUUGGCGACCAUCGGAGUCACCAGAGGCCUCGGGGAUCACAACCUCAAAGUGCACGACUCCAACAUCUACAUCAAGCCCUUCCUGUCCUGCUGCCCAGAGGUCAAAGUUUACCCUUUGACUGAGUGCGAGCAUGGAGCCGAUGACGUUCUGGUGCUGGGAACCGACGGUCUGUGGGACGUCCUCUCCAACCAGGAAGUAGCUGAAGCGGUCACCUGUUUCCUGGCAAACUGCGACCCCGACGACCAGCACAGGUACACAAUGGCAGCUCAAGACCUGGUAAUGAGAGCACGAGGGGUGCUGAAGGAUCGAGGCUGGAGGAUAUCCAACGACAGAUUAGGCUCUGGAGAUGACAUCUCGGCUUACAUCAUUCCCCUCAUGUACGGCAACAAGCAGAACUAGCCACACUACGAAACUACAACCACCACCCGAAACGUAACCCUGCCUUGACUUCUGCAGUUCCCCCUCGUCCCUUGUGCUCUCUUUAAAGUGCUUUAGUGUGGACUUCCUCCUCCGCUGAGGGAUCCAAGAUGUCUCUGAUCACAAAUGGGAUUGUUUUUUCUUCUUCUCCCCAGGCUGUUUCCCCCCCCCCCCUUGAUCAUCCUCAAUCAGGAAGGUCUCUUUUUUUGUCCGGUACUUUUUUUUUUUUUUAUAGAAAAGAAACAUGAAAAGAGCAUUUGAAGAGUUGAACUCAAUCUCGAGGAAGCCAUCAUGAACCUUGUUGUGCGGUUACGAGCGUUAGACUCACGGAUGAGAUGGUGAUGUGCAUCUCAGGAUUGCAGUUACUAACUCAUGCACAAUACUUCUAAAUGUGAAAAUGUAAAUACUCCCAAGGCGUAAGACCUUUGAUUAGUAUGUUUGGUUGAAAACCUGUACAGUGUAUAAAAAAAAACGUAAAAAAAAAACUAAUCUGAAGACUGAUGUCCGUCAUAUAUCACACCUCCUCUGUUCCAUGUAAAGCUUUUAAAUAAGCCACGUUCAGUCAUCUGCCAUUGUUAGUCUGUUGUCCAUAGGGGGAAACUGCAGACGGUACGUCAGCAGGUUCUCCUGAUGCUGCAGUUGCAAUACUGUACUUACUGUUGAGGAACACAUUGAUGAAGAAUACACUAACAGAAGGAGCUACUUUUCAAGAUGUCCGUGUCAGCAAAACUCCUUAUAGUUUUAAAAGAAGUCUUUCCGUUGCACUCAUUAACCAUUAGCCAUCUACCUCAUCAUUUUCUUCCUUUAUAUUCUAUUAACACGUAUUAUCAUCGUCCUCUUUUGAGUGGCCGUUUGCACGCCACGUCAGCUGCAUCGCCGGCCGCUUCCUGUGCCAUUAUUCAAGUUACAAUGAUUUGCUCCUGUACCUGCAAGAUUUGUAAAAAAAAAAUGUUCUGAAGGGAUAAAAAAAAAAAGAAAAGUCUCACAGGGUGUGUGUGAUGGUAAAGUGUUGUACGAAAUAUAUAUAUUUUUCAUAUAUAUUAUGCUACUUGUCAUGCUUUCAUGUUUACCUUUUCUCAGUAUCAGUUGGAUGUAUUGUCACUUUUAAGAUAAACCUAUCCUUAUGAAUAGCAGGUGCCUCUAACAAUGUGUCACUUUAAAGGAAGUAUAAAUAAGACUAUCACUGCAGGCGAUUACAUAGACAACUUAUCUUAUGUGUCUACAAUCAAUAUUGUUCCCUGAUUCCGUGGCUUUCCACAUUUUCCUUUGUUCGAUUGUAGUUUUCCACUUCUACUAAAUGUGCGCAGAUAUUGUACCUUAAACGGCCGUCCGAGUGGCGGAAGUAUGUGAAACAUGGAACAGAGUCGCUUAAUUUAAAUGUAAAAAUGUACAUAAUGUUCUAAGUGGAUACUUUCUUUCUUUUACUGUAGGUGAUGUACUUCUUACUGAAACAAAAAGACGUACUUUGUUCUGUUUUGGAAACCAAGGAACAGUGUAAAAGAAAUGGUUUAAAUGCUCACUUUUCUGCUCUAUUAAAAAAAACAAAUAAAAAAAAACUUUA